GAAUAUGGGCGUGUUACCUAGCAGUCACUUGAAGGAACGUAACGACGACGAUGGGCGGAUUACUGAAGGCAACGAUCUUUGUCUGCAUUACAUUGGUUUCUUUUCAUUCUUCAAUCGCAUUGGAAUGUCUUACUUGCACUUGGUAUUCACCAUCAACAAAUAAGGAAUGCUACGAUGCAACGCCCUCCCUUAGUUCGGCAUGUCCAUACCCGGCAGAUUUCCCAGUUUAUUGUCAAACGUCCAUGAUUUUACAUGACGGACUGCUUACAAGUAUUACUCGUGGUUGCCAACUUGCGACCGGAGACCAAGAUUUAUCAUCUGACGUCAUGCCUGCUGAUGACGAAUGUGUGACGUCAUACACAGGUACAUCUGACGUCACCACAGCUACGUGUUAUUUUUCAAGUGGAACUAAUAACUCCAACACACAAGUCAGCGCAAAUCUAAAGUUAUGUGACAUUGAUUGUGGCCCAAAUGGUCAAUGCGAUUACAUCAGUGGUGAAUGCGCUUGCAACACUGCAUUUACUGGAUCCAACUGCACAACAGGUGUGGCACCCGAUCCUGAAUCGUUUAUGACGUGUAUUCAAUGUGACGGUGACGUCACUGGUGCGUCAUGCGAAACCAAGACAACCGGGACAAACUGUCCGAACCCUUCUCACAAGUUUUGCUCAACCACAGAAACUACAACAUACGACCCAAAUGGCAAUGAAGUUAGACGUGUUAUUGUGAAGGGAUGUGAAACUACCUACAUUGCUACGAACCAGUGCGCCUUCUCAUCCCGCUCCGAUAAUCUAAAUGUAAACGACAUCGAAUAUACAUGCAUUUCAACUUGUGAUACGAACAACUGCAAUACUUGGACACCUACUGGGCUCACGACUGUAAAGCAACCCCUACAAUGUGUUAUAUGUAACUCUGUCGAUAACGCCAACUGCAAAACGGAAACAACUCGUUCAUAUUGUCCAUCAUCGGCUACUUAUUGUGACGCAACAGUUGUUUAUUAUUUAUCGGAGAAUAAUGACGUCAGAUAUCAAGUUGAUCCCUAUGUUUCCAUUAUUUCUGUCACGCGUGGCUGCGCAACCCAACCCGUCACAGCUCAGUGCACAACAACAGCUGUAAAUGACCAACCAAAUUUGAAAAAAGUCACGUGUCAGCAAACGUGCCUAUCCGACGGCUGUAACGUCGGAUGGCCUGCAAGACCUCUUUGUUCGCAAUGCAAUUCAACCCUCUCCACCCGAUGCUUUCAAAGCCCAGCACCGCCAUCUAGCUGUCAGCAACCCUACCAUGAGUUUUGUACGAUCCAAGACAAGAAUCGGAAUAAAUAUUCAGACACAAGCAACACCUUCGGUUACCGACGUACUAUAGUAAGAGGUUGUAGUUAUAACAACAUUGGAAACGACUGUGUUGAUGUCAAUUAUGGAGAUGUCACUUUGAUCAAUUGUAACAAAACUUGCACCACUAACAACUGCAACCUUGGAUCAGUCAAGGAUUCGGCGACUUCAUUACACCAUGUUUCGUUUACAAGUCUUGUUGCUUUGAUAUCAGCAAUGAUGCUUGUAUCCUAGUAGUUUUAAGAUCUUCGUGUUGCUACUUAUUUUAUAUGUAGAAAGGGUUAUAGUUUUAAUUCUAAUUAUUCGUAGUUGGUUGCUUUUAUUGGAUGAAAUUAGAGCUGUACUUUAACCAGACCCCACCAAAAAGGCUCGCGGUAAACGCAAGCCACUGAAACAGCAAUGGAAUAAAUUGUAUUCCUUUGGUAUGCAGUAUAACAUAAACCUAUAUCGCAUAUUACUAUAAGAGUGCGUUAUUCCAUUGUAACCCCACAUGACUCUUGACCAUGUUAAAGAAAGACGAAUUUGAAUUACCAAAAAUAUGCAAAAUGUCUGCCACACGGCAGUUACUAAAACAUUACAUUCUUUUAAUUAUUUACACCAGCAACCACAGUCAUAACCGUGUUUAAUUUCAAUCAUCAAAUAAAAUACCUUUUUAUUAA